UGUGUAGAUCUGGGGUACAAGGGUCACUGAGAGCUCUGGUUUGGGGACCAACACACCACUAGUGUUUUUUUCUUUUCCUGCUGAAGCCAACUCCCACCAUAAAGGAAGGACUGCCACCUUCCAUCGACGACGACGUACCAGCCGGCUUCGCCCUUGGUAAGAAGUUGACUGUAUCUGAUAUUUGGAGGCCUUGGUGAAGAAACAGUUUCAUCUGGAAAACCAGAACAAGGCAAGGAUCUCAGCUUGGUUGAUUGAAACUUCUUCAGUCUAUUCUCUGGGUAAUGAGAGUAUAGAGCCAAACAAAAUGUCAAAUAAAAAGAGAGAGGAAAGAGAGGCGCGGUUUAAGGCGUUUGGGGAGAACUUCCGAGCCAAACUAAUCGGAAUUGAUACGGUAGAGGAGGCCAGAGGCGACAAAAUGUGUCUGGAUACGAUGGGAAAAUUAAAGGCCCUUGUCAAAACAGCCGGAGAACACAAACAGCAAAUCAUCGUCAACGUGUCAUUAGAAGGCAUUAAGAUAAUUGACUUAAAGUCAUUGGCAAACCUACACACACAUGAUGUCAUAAAGAUUUCGUUUAUUUCACGAGAUCCGACUGACAAGCGGGCCUUUGGUUACAUCUACGGUGAAGCUGGCAACCACAAAUUCUACGCCAUCAAGACACAGAAUCAGGCUGAUGAACUGGUCAUAGCUUUGAAGGAUCUGUUUGAGAUUGUGCUGUCCAACAAACAGAAGGAAGUGGUAGAGCAGAAGAAGCGCAUGGAGGAGAGCACGGUUUAUCUUGAACCGAGCUACGAUAACCCUCUGGGAUCACCAACUUCCAAAGCCCCAGCAGAAGAAAACGUCUACUCUGAAUCUCCGAUUACACUGACGACUGCUGAGCCUCAAGAGACGGCAAUAUCCAGCUUAGUGAGCUUGGAAAAUGAAGUUAGCAAUCUUCAAAUGGGUAUCACAGCCAUGGAGCAGUUGGACCUUAAUUCCCCCGAUGCAGAUCCCUUCAGCCCCGGUGCUGUCGUUACUUCAUCCACCACAGCAGACCCAUUCGCCCCAGCUACAUCGCCUCCACUACAGCCCCCACCACCAUUGCGUCCACCUCAGGCUGUGCCCCGUGCCGCCCCGCGGCAGGCCCCUGCCCCCGUGGUACCCCCUGCGGCUGCCCCUGUGCAACCUGCACCAUCCGCAGAUCUCUUCGGAGAAGUUCAGGUACAAGCUGCCCCUGCAGGCUCUGCCAAACCAUCUGACGACCUCUUCAAGGAAUUUAAGGAUACCUUUACUGCCCCGCCCCAGCCUGCUGCAGCUCCAGCAUCGACAAAUCCAUUUGGAGGAGGUAUGGGCGGAUUUGGUAUGUCACAACCUGGUAUGGGUGGCGGGUUCCAACAGCAGCCUUUCAGCCAGGCGGGAAUGGGUAUGGGCCAAGCGCCAAUGGGAAUGGGCCAGCCAGCCAUGGCUUGUGGGCAAGCAUCGAUGGGCAUGGGGCAAGCACCGAUGGGCAUGGGGCAAGCACCCAUGCAACAGCAACCACAACAACGACAGGAUCUCUUUGGCAGCACUGCGACCACCACAUCCAACUCGUUUGAUGCGUUCACCCUUCAGCCUCAGCAGGUCCACCCUAAGCCGGUCGAAAAGAACGGGCAAGCCAAGAAGCCAGACCCUUUUGGUUCCAUCGGUCUUCUGGGACAAGGCCCUGAGACCAAGGACCCCAAGAAGAAAGAUCCAUUCGCUGGGUUUAAGAUGGCCAAACCCGGCGAGGUCAAAGUACCUGAAUUCAACCCGGGAGCAGAACCUAGUAACAUCACAGCUUCUGGUAAUUUACCUGCAAUGUCACUCGAUCUCACAAAAACAUUUGACAUCACUGAUGAUUUCAGCUUGCCCUCUCCUCAAGGCCCACCGCCGCCUUUGCCGGUGGAAAUCCUUAGCCACGGUAUCAGUUUAAAGUUUGAUGAUGUUGUAGACGUUCCUCCUCCCCCUCCGCGGAGAUCCAGAAGUAGCCUCUCCGCCUCGGAGGGCACUUCCCCACUUCCGGUACCCCCUCGGGUCAAAUCCCAUUCCUUUGCAGCCCCUAACUUGUCUGUUGACUCUGCAGGGGAUCAAUUAAGAACUUCCCCAAUAACUGCUAACCUCAUAACAGCACCAUCCCUAACAAGAAACCCUUCCUCACUACCUUCCAACCUGGCUUCGUUAGACAUUGACAAUAACCUGCAUGGCAAUGACGAGGCCGCCAUUUCGGAUCUCGCUUCAACUCAUUCGAAUAGCACUGGGAACCUGUCCUCUCCAGGACGGGAGCAGAGUCCCCCUGUUAUCCAUAACCUAACUACAGACAAUGCCAUCCCAACUCCCCACACGUCAUUAGCUUCACCCACAGGCACAACAGGUACCAUGGCACUGUCAAACUCAUUACCCUCUCAGUCACCCCAAUCUUCCUGCCAUAACACAGCAACGUCAUCCAUGGAAGUCAGCAUCGCCAAGAACAUCCACUCUUCCAGGAUGGCGUCCCGACUCGACGCUCCUGUUUCAGACAAUGCAAUCGACAUUCUAUCAAGCUCAGCACCGGUACCGGACUCUUUUCUCAUGCAUCGUCAGGCUCACCAUCACAUGACCACUUCCUCGUCUAACCCCUCUCUAAGCAAGCUAGCUGCCGUUCCGAUCAUCCCCGUUGCCGAUGACCCUUUUGCCGACGAUCCCUUCCUGAGAGGGUCGCCCACUGUCAAGAAGGUCUUUGUCUUGCCUCCACAGGCUGGGCCUCAGGUCGAGACUGUCUCAAACCCAACCUCAAUCAUGGCGUCGUCAUCUGCAUCAUUUUCAUCACCAUCUUCCUCCUCCCCAUCAUCAACCACGUACCACAGAACUUUUGCCACAGUUAACACGGCUCACCAAUCCAAUGGUAGUAAUGAUAUUUCUGGUGUACGGACAGAUCCCUUUGGACUCGGCGACGUGAAGAUCGGACAGAAACCAGCCGGCAGUCAACCUCUCUUUGAUGAUUCUCCAUUCGGUGCCUUUGAUUUUGGUAAUCCUAGUAACAAGUGAUUUGCUUCUUCAAGAUCCUGAAUGGCUGCUAAUAGUAAGGUACCUGUGGACCAACGCAUGUUUAUCUUUACCACAGUGUAGUUGUAAACAAGCACACAAACAUUAGUAAAUCUUCGCAUACAGUUUUAGAUUUUUAAAUAAGGCUGACUCAACUCAUUUUUUGUAUUUCUUUAAAAGCAACUAUUGUUCUCUUAAUAUUGAGAUUUUAAAACUUGAUAUUAAAAAAUUUAAUUCACAUUAUGUUUUUUUAUAUUAUCAGUAUUAUGCUUUUUUGAAUGUCAGAAAAGAAAUAUUUAGGUUUUAAAACACAUCAUUUUGGCUAUUAAGAAAAUCAAGCUAUCUUCCCAAUUUAUAUUUUUUCCAGUUUUAUAAAAGUGAGUGUGCUAUGUUGUUGCUGGUUGAAACAAUAGGGCCUCCUGCAGCCGAUUUCAUGAAACGCUAGGAUUAACUCAUCCUAACUUAGGAUUAAUCUUAAAGUUUACAUGCUACAUAGCAGGGCUGGGACUCAUCCUAAGUCUUAAGAUUAAUCCUCAGUUAGGAAGAGUUUGGUGAAAUCAACGGCUUGUUUGCCAGCAGAUAUUUCAUUAAAAUAAGUACUUUUUCUUUACCUAAGCCGUGUGCUUAAGCCUGCGAUAUUAUACAGUUUAAUGAUCCAAUUAAGUCAACUGUUUGGAACAAAAAUAACAGGUGUAGGUUGCAAGAUGAAAAAGAUGUGUUUUUUAGCCUCUUUCUUUAAUGGUUCAUUGCUGUAAUUGGCAGUCGGGUUUGCGUAGUAGUAUUGUUACUUGCAUUGGUUCAAAUCCUUCCGAGGCACUAUGUGGAUUGGGUUUCCAGUCCCUACCCAAGUACAUGGAUUCCCCCCGGUAUAAUUUUCUGAGGUUUUCCUCCAACAUCUAAAACUAAAGCUUCCUCCCUUGUCUUCUCUCCAGUGGGAUUCUUGGCCAGUAUAGUGAUUAAGUUUGCUUUUCCGACAGUUAAUUCCUGGCUUCAAAACCAGAAAUAAUUUUGGACAUUACGUAGUUGUCAUUGUAGUCAUCUCAGAUUGGCCACAAACUAGGUCGAGUCGAGAAUUGUUUUUUCGUUAUUUGCAUUGGGGAUAAAGAGAUGUUAACUUUGCUAUUGAUGCAGUACCCACUGCCAUAGGAAUCGAACUGCCUCUAGCUACCGGGCAACCUCGGUAGUCUAGUUGGUAAGACACUGCUCUAGAAUUGCAA